AUGAAGUAUAUCAGCAUUAUUCCUGACUUUUUGACUCUAAAAUGGCUACGCAGCGCCAAUAGAACGGGAGAAGAGCUGAUUCAGGCUCUGCUCCGUAUGCCACAGCCGGUUACAACAGGAACACCAACUUAUCUGGAAAACCCCUCCGACGACGAGCUCAAAGCCGCUCUUCAGCGUGAUGAAGCCCUUGCAUUGCCGGCGGUUCCUUCUGUGCAGCCCGGAGUCAUCCGGGAACUACAAAACAAAGACUCUAGCUGUCUGGCCAAUUUUAAGGAGUUUGACUUUUGUUACACAAACGAAGCCGUCUACGCGAUAAACGAGGCGAACCUUACGAGGAGGUUUGCAGAACGCCGCAAAAAUGAGUUGGAUUGGCUCGCAACUUUUGCCAACGGACCUGGUAAGCUUCACCGCGACUUUGCUACCUGGCUCAGCCAAGAAAUCAACCAAAGAACCCCUGUCCAUUGUAUGAUGUUCAAUCAAGAGGAGUUCGACAAUUCACAUUCGCAUAUAGAGAAGGAUUACUGGACUGCUGCCUACCUUGAUCUCCCUCAAUAUCGGGCUUAUGUUGGUGAUUUCUGCUGUCGAAGUGAGAAGUAUGUAGCUGAGACUCUAGUGGCAUGGUUGGCGCCACUAAGCGUGGACAAAGAAAGGUGGAGGCAAGCUCAUGAAAAUAUGGGCUCAUUCCAGGUCCGAAAGUGCCGAAAACGGGACUCUUGUGGCAUCCAUGCUGCAAUCGCCAUCGAACAGGUCGUCAACCCAUACGCCACCUGGGGAAACUAUGUCAAUACCGUAUACCAGAGGAUCCGAUUCUCACGGUUAUUGACUGGUAAUCUAAAGGUAAAUAUGGAUUUUAUUGCCAACGCCUUUAAGAAGCAAGUUCCUGAAGGCCCAAAUGAGCCAACACAGAUUGCCUUGUUUGAGAAGGAGCUACAAGCAAUAUACUUGGAUAACAGGAAUGAUGUGGAUGUCUUCGAUCAGGUUCUAGCAUCGGCAAGGAAGGGCAAACGGAACAUUCGGAAACUGCCUUUGAAGGACGAGGCUCAAGAUAGCGCGGUUCCCGUACUAAAAAAACGGUGCAUUGUUGUCGAAUCCGAUGACGAUAUAGCCUUUAUUGGAUCUAACGGGCCACUUAGUUCUAAGACUCAGGAUGAGCCUGGCACCGAUACAGUUUUUGUUGAGCACAAAGCAGCUAAUAACCACUUGAAGCGCAGGCGCACCAAGCGGAGUAACUAG